AUGGCCUCAUCCACCCCGAAUGCGGAACCGACUUGUUACGACGCCCGCGAUCCCGGCGGCCCUUCCCACGCGUCUGACCUAACCGAAGUAAUCACGACCUCGACGCGUACAGCCAACCCUCGUCAGCCUCGUCAGCCUCGUCAAACGUCCCCAGCCGCCGCCACCGCACCGCCUAGACGUUUCUACGACCCUUGGAACAGCUCUAGGACCGGCCAUCAGCGCGCAGAGAAUCGCCUCUCCGGCUCUACGUCAUGGCGCGUCUCACGGAGUCUCAAGCUUGGAGAGCAGUUCAAGGGUGGCAGAGACGGGGGUAAAAGGGUCGCCGACACGGUCGGUGCAGGCAGUGAGGACUUUGGCAAGGAUGGCCGCAAGGACAACGGCAGUUGGGAGAAGGGCGCAAAAGGUCUCCGGACUGGGGGACAGAAGAGCCUGGCCGAAAUAUGGGCUGCUAGCAAGGUAGGCAGGAAGCAGUCACAAGAGAAAGAUAUCAAGGGUAUGGUAAUGAAUGCGCAAGAUGUGUCCAGCCAUGGGCAGACAUGUGCGUCUACAGCGCCAGCGCCCUAUGAUCUAGCAACAGACUCAGAUGCACAUGCCAACAGCGAUCUCUUCGAAGCUUCGUCAAAGCCCCGUGAGAAACAGAUAUUCGCCGGACUCUGCUUCUACCUCAACGGCUCGACCCUUCCCUUAGUCUCCGACCACAAGCUCAAGCAGCUUUGCGCCGCCCACGGCGCCAGACAGUCGAUAUCACUAGCCCGUCGAACCGUAACGCAUGUUAUACUCGGAAGAGUAAACGCGAGCGGCGGCGCAGGCGGUGGCUUAGCUGCAACCAAGAUCCAAAAGGAGAUCGCAAGGACAGGCGGCAAGGCUGUCAAGUUCAUCAACGCAGAAUGGUAA